GAGCAUGUGAUACCAGUCAAACAUGGGCUGGCAGGAGAGGGACGACACCCACAUUUUCUCACCUGGUGGAGAAAAGACUUCAGCCAGACUUUACACACUCCAAGAAGUUCUGUCAGACAAACCUGGCAACAGAGGAGACGUUUUAGAGCUUCUGACCUUCUGUUUACUGUUGAUCAUUUCAGCUCAAAAAGGGACGUACUAUGACAGAUGUGCUGAUGGCGGGGGAUAAAGUUCUGGUAAUGUGGACCAGAGGAGACACAGAAAACAAGUCCUUCACGGAUCAAGAAAGGGAAACGCAGCCACACAAAAAGAUUUCUCACUCGAUUGAGGAGAUUCUCAGAAGGCCAACGUGUGUCAGAAGAGCGGGCAGCGCUCAUCGGAGCUGGUCUGUCAUAAAAGAAAACCACCAAGUACCUCGGCAGCUCUCAGGCACAGAACCACCACAGAUCAGACUUUUGGAUCAGUCGUCGGAUUCUGCAACACACUGUCAGAGGAAGAAACGGCAAACCAGAGUCACUUUCACGCCCUUCCAGGUGCAAGAACUGGAGGCAGUUUUCCACCAGACUCACUACCCAGACGUCAACAUCAGAGAGGAGUUGGCCUCACGCCUACAGCUCACUGAGGGCCGAAUACAGAUUUGGUUCCAGAACCGCAGAGCCAAGUGGAGGAAGGUGGAAACUCUAAAGGAAAUAGAGCUGAUGUCCGGACAGCAUUUGCGUUCAGCUGAUCAUCGCCUGCGGUAUCAUGAGGAGGCUUUGCCACAGGCGGUGUGCUGGCAGCCGUGCGCUUUACUUAAACCUCCACAGUCAAGGAUGCACUUUAGAUCCAUACCAGCCCAAGUGGUGCUGACCAGCACACAUGCCCAAAGUCACAGGUCGCUCUGUUUUGACCCGCUGGGGACGGAAUGAAAGCAGCGCCAUCGUCCUCAAAAUGCUGUCUGAAUUAUGUCAAAGUUUGCUUUUCAUCAAAGGGGGUUAAAAACUGUAAUCUGGGAAUCUGUCAUUGCCGGUAGAUGAAAUUCUCAAAGUAUGUUACAGUGCGGUCAGUUUGGACAAACCUGGAAACGGCUGCAUGUCAGCUACUGAGGGUUUUCUGUCAUUUACCA